UCCCUCUCUGAUUGAGGCAGAAGAUUGACUUACGUAAAUGCAGAGUUAUGAUUUAUAGCGGUUGCUCAGCAUGGUGUACAAAAUCACAGGCGACUUAAUACUGACAUGUGAUGUUCUCCACUCUCCAAACUCCAUCACUGCUGGUCACGUAGACCAACCUUAAAGAACAAGGACAACAAUCUCAAUUGGAAAGCAGCACGACAGUGACGAUUUCUCAGUGCAGAAGAAAUAUUCCGACCAGGAAUCCCGUUCAGGUGGUAAAUGAAGCUGACAAGCAGUCCCGGGUUCCGCCACACGACCUGGUAGUCUACUCUUCCACAAACCGCCCCGUAAUAUCUGCUCAAUCGACCCAUUAACGAUUGCAUGUGUGGUCCGUUGGAUGGUUCGGGUCUCAGUGGAUGGUGCGGUCGGUUUGAUCAGGAGCAUCCUCAGCAGGUUUUCCUUCCCAAUUGACCUACCAAACAAUCGAUGGCAGCCUCGUCAGAUGCCGAUAUCUUCGAAGAGGCGAAUAGAGCCCUUCAGGGAUUUAACGACGAUGGUGACCAUGACGACCAGCUGGACAACUGUCUGGCCGCCAUGACAACAGUGAAGGAGUCUAAGGACCGAUACAGCGCUGAGAUAGAGAGGCUACGAGAAGAGGUCGCGCACCUCGAGGUGCAGGUAGAGGAGGAUGAGCAGAGAUUGCUGGAGAUACAAAUGACGACUCUCGAUAGGAUACAGUCUUCACUUCAACUUGGAAGCAAUGUUACAGAUCAAUCUACACAGGAUCAUUUACACCUGCAAGGGUCGUUCACUGGUAUCCAGUACACAGAUGCUACAGUCAAAGUCCUCAAGAAGGAUAGUGAGCAGAUCACCAGGCAACACUGUCUUCAAGGCGAGUGCUCUGGGCUCACAUUCCAGGCUGACUUCAAGGUGGAAGAGCAAACGCUUUCAGUGACAGCCAGAGAGAGUUUGCCAUCACCAAGCAAUCAAGAAACAAGAAAUCGCAUCACAUCGUUAUCUAUUAAGAUUGACGACAGGGCAUUGUGGGAACUAGAAGAGUUCGUCCGAGAAGCGGAAAAGAGUCGUUCCCUUCAACCAUUCCUAAAGGGUUAUGGACAGUACGCACAGCGAUUUGUUGCAAGACAGAAGGCAUUUGAACACUUUAAGAGACAGUAUCCAGAAGAAGUGACGUUACCUCAAGGUUCCUUUGGUUCCUCAAUGAAAUUUGGCAGUCACAAUGGAGCGAUGUACACCGUGGUCUGGGGAAUCUCAGUAUCCACCACAGGGAGAGCUGACCAACCGAUAGUGCUGCAGGUUACAUCAUCCAAACAAAUGAGACGUUUAGACGAACAGAAGGUUUUGACGACGGCGCCCGAGAAGUUCCAACAGAUGCUUCAGAGGUUAGGCAUUGAGAAAAGCAUUGACACCUUCAUCCAAGCUAUCACAACAACAUGACCAAUCAGGGUGUUUAUUUCAAGGAAAUCUUCAUUCGGCCACAGGUCUUGUUCCUCAGUAUUUCAGGGAUGAGAUUGUUCAUACUUUUGGCUGAAUUCAGACUUUUUAUGUCGGCCUGGUGAAGAAAAUCAGACAAUAUUUGUUUCUACAAAUAAAGAAAUCCUGCUCAAUGGUCUACUUCUCUAGUGCUAUGGAUACUGUUUCCCAAAGCUCUUUGGAAUCUAUAACCCUAGGGGUUACCAACUGGUAUAAAUUGCAUCAUUUCAACAUACCUUUGAACUUGUAGCCAAGUUUCAUACUUUUUCGUUAGUAAUGACUCUCACCCGUGGUAUUUCCACCACACCAAUUUGUGUAUAUAUACAAGAUAUAUAUUUUGUGUAUCAAGUAAUGAAAAAAAAAAAAAAAUUGGGUAGACCAAAGAAAAAUUUACUGGAGGGGAC